AGACAGAGAGGCAGAGCAGCGCUGCACCACUUUUUUCUCUUAUUUACUAUAAAAGCUACAUUUCAGGCUCCGCUGUUGCGCAUUGCACUGACUCACACUGUGCAGAGAGGAAGGUUUAAAGAACCCUCCACCUAAAACAAAAACGUCCCGAUCUCAGGAGGAAAUGAGAGAAAGAGUGGAUUAGCGUCGGAUCAAAAGUGGAGGAGUGGGAGGAAUAACGAAACUCGGGAUUAUGUAUUCUGAUAAUGCCGAGGAGCCGGUUUCUGCUUCAGAUUUACAUCCAAAACAAGUCUGAGGAUGACGGCUGCCAGUCCGCCCUGCAGCCCUGCCUCCUCCCACUCCUCACCCGUCUGCCUCCCGGCCUGCCACAAACACCUGAGGAAAGGAGAAGCCCUCCAGACCAAGCUGCGUCUGGACUCCCCCCCGGGCGUGUGGCUCAUGCUGGGCGCAAUGGUGGUGCUGGUGGGGAUGAGCGUGGCGGUGGCGGGCUACGUCUCCGCCGCACCGAGGCCGGCCGUGGGCGGGCGUGGGAGCACCCACGUUGAGAGGAUGAAGCUGGCCGGGCCGGUGGUCAUGGGAGUGGGGCUCUUCAUCUUCAUCUGCGCCGCCACGCUGCUGUACGAGAACCGGGACCGAGAGGGUCUUGUUCGAGACCCUCUGAACGACCUGGAGGACCUGAAGGGGAGCAGCUGCUGGGAGGAUACUCAGGAGCAGUGGGAGCACUCGGAUGAGGAGCAGUCAGCGUGGGCCAGCCCGGUCCACGUUCUGCCUCUCGCCAGCAGGGAUUCUCCUCCUCCUGAUGCAGGAGGUGCAGCUAAUGAGGAGGGAGACCAAAAGGAAGAGGAGGAGGAGGGGGAGGAAGAGGAGAAGGGGAAGUUGGUACUGCUCACCCAAGUUCUGCACCACCAGGCACCCAAUCCUCACCCAUCCUCACCCUGCCUCUCCGCUUCUUCUGACCCGGUUCACUCAGAUGCAAGCAACUCGAGUGAAAUCGACUUUCAUGACCGGACAGAGUCUUUAGAGCUGCCCCAGGACUGACGCUCCGCCUUGCACUGCCACCGGACUAUGCACUGCUCAGUGAAGACGAGCUUGAGAUUCGUUUGUAUGUUAUAGUGCCUCUGAGUGGCCCACUGAGUCACUGUCUCUGAAGGGUGUUUUUGUCCUACAUUGCUCACUGACUCAUCCACAUUUGAAAAAUUUUAAGCUGCGCUGUUUGAUGUCAACUCGCCAUCUUGUCUCAGAGCUCCGCCCAGCUGCCCAUAAAACUCCACUUCUGGAGUGACCAAACAUGGACCUGCUGUAAAAGUUAUUUGGGUGCCAACCUGGGUGAUAAAUGCUUCCUCUCACACUCAUCCUCUCCCCAGAGGUGGACUGUUCCUUUCUUAAGAGGUUCACUAAGGAGGAUGAACCAGAUUAGGCCCUGAAUGAGUCUUUAUCUUAUCUCACGUGCAGAAUAAUCUUCUCUUUAUCUUGGGGAAAGUUGUGUUUCGGUGUAAACAAGAGCAGCACAAAAGCCACCCUCCUCUCACUCGACACCUACAACCAUGCUAUUAAUACCAGCUGGUGCUCGAUUGCAAGAUCCGGAUUUCUUACUGUAAAUUUCAACAGUUUCUUUGGAUUCCCACAUUCAGCUGUUCGCAUUUCUCCCCUUCCUUUAGUGCAGCGUCGAGAGAUCUGAGAGAAUCUGAGAGUGGAUGAACAGAAACGAGUAACAGCAUUUAAAAAACACAAAUUCUGGUGAGGCUGUGAUGAGUUAUUCUUGACGUAACUGAGAAAAAUCACUCCUGUCGGUUUGAGUAAGUGAUGCCUCACUCUCCCACCAUCGCGACCUCUCAUCUCCCAUCUCUUCAUCACCUCGUUUCCUACGCUUUAUUCAAAUUUUCAUUACUCUAUCUCAAUUCUUGGCUUGUGCACAACUGAGAAAGAGCACAAAAAGUAAAUAAAGCACAAGAAAACAUUUGCAAGUACAAUUUUAGGGAUGUUUCAGAAUAAGAUUCUGUUGUGAGGAGUUCAUGUUAUCUCUUAUCCCAUCUUUAAUUCUUUGAAUUAGUUGAGCUUCGACAAUGAAGAUACCAGAUAGUCUAAGAGAGAGAUCAAGACCAAAGUGGACUUCUGUCAUCUUAAAAAAAAAAAAAACUCAAAAACAUCAUAGCGGUAGAAAAAAAAACAAUAUUUGACUGAUUUUUAUAAAAGAUUACUUUCCUAUUAGAUUUUUCCUGGCAAGCAAACAUUGAGAUGUUAAAUUUCAACUUGUGUUUCACAUGGAAGAUUAUUGGUGGGACUCCGCCUCCAAGCUCCUUCUCGGGUGUAAAUAAUCUCAGUAUUUUCUAUUGUCAAACGCUCAAUGCCAACAUAAAAACACCCAAACUCAAACAUCACUGAAGCUUAUGUAAUUGUAGUAACAACCUUUAAAAUGUUGUAAUUGCAUUGGACUGUUUAUUUUAUUUUCUUACAGAAGACGCUGAAUAUUUACAGCUGAAAUAAAGUGUAGAGGUGGUGUGCUACCAGUAAUCUCCCUUGUAAAACAAACCUAAAAUACAACUCAGAGUAACUAUCUGUGCACACUUGGCACACAAUAAGAGAAUUUGUGUUUGGUAAAAAAUUUCUUUAUUGUGACAAUGCUAAUAAAUCUUAUGCUUUUGGAAAGCCUGUUUAUCUCCCUGUCAAUGGUGCUACAUUUGUAGGCAAAAUGUAUUUGUAGAAUAUAGUGGGGGGAAGUAAGUAUUUAACACACAGCUGACUUUUGAAGUUACUUACAGAGAACGGAGAGGUUUGUAAUUUAAUAAUAAUAAUUAGCAUUUUACUACAUGAAAUAAGUAUUUGAUACAAUAGAAAAAUUUACACACGCUGUAAUCUGUAUGUAAUCCUUCAUAUAGAUCUCAAGGAAACACUACACAGAAUCAGGAAACUGAAAUGCUCCUAAGAAUCAUUCCUUAGUUCCCUUGGUGGUGUGUUUUGGGUCAUUGUCAUCGUAGAAGACCCGGCUAUGACCCAUCUACCGAAGUCGUUGUCCUAAAAUCAUGCGAUGAAAUCCCAUCCAUCCAUCCUCUCCUCAGUAGGUUCAACAUCCAGCUAAUGACAUAAUUAUUUGACUCAGGUGUGAUGAAGCAGAGACACACCAAAAGGUCGCAGGAUGCCGGCCCUUAAGGAGGGGAUUUGACGAUCAAUAGUUUUGGUUUCUUGGACAGCUUUUUGGUCUUACCUGUGGUGUGGAGAGGUUGGAGUCUGAGUGUGUGGAUAGGUGUCUUUUUAUGCUGGUAACAAGUUCAAACAGGUGCAAUAAAUACAAGUCAGACAAAACUACUUCUUAAAGACAAACUAACAAGUUCAUUCUUUCUGGUAGGAAGGGAAUCAAAUACUUAUUUAAUGUGACAAAAUGCUGCUAAUUCAUUUGUUUAGAAUCAUACAAUGUGAUUUUCUUUUACAUUCUGUCUCUCACAGUUGAGGUGAACCUACCGUGAUAAUUACAGAUUUCUCCAUGCUUUGCAAGUAAAUCGACGCUGAAUUAAAUAUUUUCCAUACUGUAUAUGGGGCAAAUUUCCCAAACUCUGUGCAAAUGUUAAAGUGCUGUUUUUGGUUUCAUACCUGAAUUGGAUGUUAAACGUUUACAGAUACUAAACUAAUUGUCAAUUUAACUACUAAUUAAUCCCAGCUAACUUUAAAAAAUAAAUAAAUUAACAAACAUGAACCUGCCUGUCAGAAGUGUCUCAAAGUUUGAACAAAGAAUGGAAAAAAACAAAAACAAUCAACAGGUAUGAGGUUUUAGAAAUGUGAAUUCUUUUGGUGAACGUUUACUUUGGUCUUGGUCACUUUUAGCUUCAGCAUCCAGAACCCACUAAUCAGGAUUUAUGCAAAGUGAGGACAUAGAGAGCUAUGUGUUGCAGGUAAGGUAUUAACGACUUAUUUAGACAGAAACCCAGUUUACCAAUUCUGACUAUCCCUUUAAGCCAAAAUAAGCCCAUUAGCACAGACGGAGAGGAAAGUGGGUUAGAUUUUACUUUAAUUAUCACCAGCUUUUUUCUCUAGUCUCUAAUUACACAGGAGAUCAGUUUGAACAUUUUUAUAGGUAGUUAAGGACUGCUAAGUAUUUCCUUGCAGGUCAGGCUCAUGCUGAGCCCGACCAUCUCACUAGAUGACGAGUGAGACUGGAGUUUACAGUAAUCUGCGCCCAUCCAUGUCAGCCGCAGUUUCCUUGGCAGGAGCUCAAUGCUGUUUUAGGACACAGGAUGUAUAUUUCAGUUGCAGCGGGUGAAAAAUGGAUCUUGAUUUGAGCCGUCAACAUCUCCCGCAAAAAGAAAUCUGCCCACUCUUCCCUCUCACACUUAAGGGGAGUCCUGCUCAGUGUGAGAUGAUCUAAUGCAUUUGAAUUCAGUGAGAACGAGGCUGUGCUGUGAGGCUGCAGUCACUGAUAAUUUAUUUAUAAAACUGAGUGUGACAGUAAACCGACCAGAGGGAAUAAUGUCAGCGCAUAUCUAAAAGCAUGCAGAAAUGACUGCCACUACACAAAUGGAGAAAUCUUCUCCAACGUAGAUCUGUGUUUGUGUCUGUGCAGCAGCGUUACAUAAGUCAGCAGUGCAGGUUUUAUGCUGCAUUGACGGUACAACUGAAUCAAAUCCUUUACUCUCAGAGAGUAUUGUGCUCAUGUGAGUGCAUUGAUACAUAUCUGAGCAGACGGACAGGAAGCGGUAAGCUGCUUAGCCCUGCGCUGACUCAGUAUGCAAGCUAUUUCUCUGUCCCCUAUAAGAGAGAAGCUUCAAUCAACAUUUUUUCACCUAGACUUAACCAGCUGGAAAAAAUUCUGUUUAUUACUUAAAUAGAGAUCACAUCAGAUCCCAGACCAGCGGAACCAGCUAAGAAGUCAUGGAAAGUUAACGCCGCUAACGAGGAGAGCUGUGUGUCACUGAGAAGGCAUUUACUUUCUGACUGAAACAAUAUGUCAGCGCUUUAAAGCUGCUGUCAAAACUUCAAUGACCCACAGCCCUUCAGCAGCUGUGAUUGGUUCUAAAGGUGCGUUGCUUAGCUAAUCCAAUUUCUACCCAGCUCCCACUUACGUGACGAGCAUUCAUGGUGCAGUCAAAGGGAGAUACCUGCUCAGAAUGAAAGGACUACUAUUCUGUGUUUUUGUCAUCAUGAUGCUCACACCUGCUCAAGGUGAGGAAGAGGAGCAGCUGAUGGCGUUGGAGGGACUGGAACCAGAGGAAUCGUACCUGGAGUGUUUCCGCUGCGAUCUGGGCUUCUGGGACGCCUGCUACACAACAGAAACCAACUGCAGCCGCGGGGAGCUCUGCUACACGGGCCGAGGGAAGGCAGCUGAUUCGCUGGAUAUAAAGACGCUGGGCUGUGCGAAGGCCGAGGAGUGUAACGUGAAGACGACGGUGGAGCUUUUUUUAAAUAAUACAAUCUUUGUUAUGACCAAAUCCUGCUGUGAC